AAGGAAAAUUUCAAUGGUUUCAUUAGUAUCAAAAUUCAAGCCGCAACAACCCCCGCUCCAAAUUAAAAAUUGUGGACGAAACAGAUUUCGACGACGCAACUAGUGUAGGAGCUACACAGGCUAUAUGUUCAAGAUUUCCACAUUAGCCUAUCCACAUUAAUCAAAGAAACACCCCAAACACCCAAAAAAACUAAGAAAAGAUGGUUCCCCCAAAUCUCCCUCUCUUGCUUCUUCUCAUGUUUGCUUCCACCAUUAACGCCCAAACUCUCUUCCCACACGAAAUCUGUGCCACCACCGGAAACUUCACCGCCAACAGCACCUACCAAACCACCCUUACCACCCUCCUCUCCUCCAUCUCCACCACCAACUCCUUGUCCCUCACGUACGGCUUCUUCAAUGCCUCCGCCGCCGUCUCCAGCGCCUCCCAAACCAUCUAUGUCAUCGGCUCCUGCCACGGCGACCUCACCGCCGAGAGCUGCCGUGCCUGCCUCGAUGGCUCAGCCUCCGACAUCCGCAGUCACUGCCCCCUCCAGAAGGGUGCGGUCCUCUACAGUGAGAACUGCACCGUCCGGUACUCUAACGCCUCAAUCUUCCACACAGUCACAACCGACCCUGAAUACUGGCUGUCCAACGUGAACAACGUCACGAGCCCAGACACGUACAAUGCGGCUCUGGGAACGCUGUUGGACGGUCUGCGGGGCGAGGCAGCGGGUGGCGGCUCGCUGAGGAAGUAUGCGACGGGGAACACAUCGGCAGGAUUCGACACGAUCUAUGCGAUGACACAGUGCACGCCAGACUUGACCGAGCAGCAAUGCAGCGACUGCCUGGUGACAAUCAUCGCAAAGCUCACGGCUUGUUGUGUUGGGAAGAUUGGAGUGAGGAUCAUGGCCCCAAGUUGCCAGUUCCGGUACGAGACCAAUGAUCGAUUCUUCGACCCAGUCGGCGAGCCACUUCCGAUGCCGUCUCCACCGCCAGGUGGAAAGAGCAAUUCAACGAAGACUGUGAUCAUCGCGGUUGCCACAAGUGCUUCUGCGGUACUUGUUAUCGGCGUUGUCAUACUCCUGAUAGUGCAAAUGAAGAAGAAGCGGCCCAGACAAAAAGUUGAAGGUGAAGUUGUGGAUGAAAUAAGCACGGAGGAGUCACUGCAAUUUGAUUUCGGCACUAUCAGAGCGGCAACUGACAACUUUUCUAAUUCCAAGAAGCUUGGACAAGGCGGUUUUGGUGCAGUUUACAUGGGUCAGCUCUCCAACCAACAAAAAAUUGCGGUGAAACGGCUGUCACAGAAUUCCGGCCAAGGAGAAAUAGAAUUCAAGAAUGAGGUCAUGUUACUAGCUAGGCUACAACAUAGGAACUUGGUCAGGCUCCUAGGUUUCUGUAUGGAUGGAGUCGAGCGGCUUCUCAUUUAUGAGUUUGUGCCCAAUUCAAGCCUUGAUCAGUUCAUAUUCGAUCCCCUAAAGCGUGGGAAUCUCGACUGGGAUAGGCGUCACAAGAUAAUAAUGGGUGUUGCUCGAGGGCUGCUUUACCUACAUGAAGACUCUCGACUUCGUAUCAUCCAUCGGGACCUUAAAGCCAGCAACAUUUUGUUGGACUCGGACAUGAAUCCUAAGAUAUCAGAUUUCGGUAUGGCGAGGCUAUUCGAGUUGGACCAAACUCAGGCAGAGACAAACCGAAUUGUUGGGACUUACGGAUAUAUGGCACCGGAGUAUGCGAUUGCUGGAAAAUUCUCGGUCAAGUCCGAUGUCUUCAGUUUUGGAGUGCUGGUUUUGGAGAUUGUGAGUGGUCAAAGGAACAAUCUUUUCCAGGUGGGCGAUAACACGGAGGUCCUUAUAAGCUAUGUUUGGAAGAACUGGAGGGAAGGAACAAUGUCAAACAUCAUCGAUCCCUGUAUAACUUUUGGUUCGAGUGCUGAAAUUGCAAGGUGCGUCCAUAUUGGUCUACUAUGCGUCCAAGCAAACGUGGCUAACCGGCCAACAAUGGCCUCGGUCCUUCUCAUGCUUAACAGCCACACGGUCACGCUUCAAGUGCCGUUACAACCCGCAUUCUUCAUGCACAGCGGCAGCGAAUUCGAUAUGUCAUCAGCACAGGAUUACAGUUCAAGGGUGUCCGACAUCGAUAGAUCAAGAAGCAAAUCAAACCAAUUCUCGAAAAACGAGGCCUCUGUGACCGAGCCAUAUCCGCGGUAGCCUUGACAAAUGGGAAAGAGCGUGCCCUAAUAAUUAAUUUUUGUGUUUCUCAUGGUUUUCAGAUCAUCAAAAUUACAUUCUCGUGGUUUAAUUCUUCCUAGCAAUUAUUGUUUUUGUGUAGUGCUUAAGUGAUAUAUUGAGCCAGAUUUUAUGCAUCAAACUAAGUGCAUUUCCCAAUUUAGUCAGAGGCAUGCCAUCUUCAUUUA